AUGAUUCAGGAGCUCCUCUUCUUCUGCAGCCUGCUUGGUCUGAAUGCAGGGCCAACAAAAAAUCCCACAGCAACGCCUCCAUUGCAAACGGUGGAUAUAGUCCUGGACUGCACCUACGUGGGGGAAGGUCGGAGGGGUGCCCCUGAUCUAGGUGCCUUUGGUGGCUCAUUCUCCAAGGACCCUGCUACCCUUGUGCUGAGGCGCGUCAGCGUCAGAGAUGAUGGGAUUCUGGAGGAUGCGACUGUUUACAAAGUGCCACAGGAAAAAGCUGAGUCCUCUUCUCACAUUGUUUUUGAAGUCUCAGCCCCAUUGGUGUCCAUCCCACAUGCACAGUCCCUGCUGCGUGCCGACUGCAACAAGGAGGAAGUGAACUGUGAGAUCUCCCCAUACAACUUCCAGCAGCAUGGCAAGGGGCCCUGCUGGUUCAUGGGGACCCUGCGGCUGUCCAGCGGAAUCAGUAUUGCCCUGGUGCUCAGAGGCCCCCACUGCAGCGGCGAGCAGGCCGAAAAGCCAGAUGCAAUACUGCACCCAAAGCUGAGGAUCCCUUUGACCAAGAGGGGGACAGUGCUGACCACAGUUGAAUUUCAGUCAUCAUCACGCAACACUUCCCUGCAGACCCACCUUGGCAGCUUAGUCACCCUUGACUGCCGCUUUGCCUUGGCUCCCAGCUCCCCACUGUCCUCCCUGGAGUGGAGGAGGCAGCGUCGAGGCAGUGGGCGAAGCCUUUUUCGAUACCAGGCAGGAAGCACAGGUGCAACAGUGGAACCAAAAGUCCAUGUGGAUUUGCCACAGCUGCUAGAAAGUGGAGAUGCAUCACUUAAUCUGCAAGGAGUGAGUGUGGGAGAUGAGGGCGCAUAUAUCUGUUUGGUGUCCACCUCACAGCACCAGAUCCAGCACAUCAUCCAGCUGCAGGUGGCUGAGCCUCCACAAGUCCGUGUGAUUCCAGGGCAAGUGUCUUUCGAGAGAGAUGUGACUACUACUCUGACUUGCAACAUUGAUGGAUAUUACCCCCUGGAUGUUUCCGUGAGCUGGAUCCAGAAGACUGCUGAAGAUGAAGCAGAAAUCACUCUUUCAAGCACACGUUUCUCUAGCCACCUACAAAACCAUGAUGGCACCUACAGUAUCUCCUCCUACCUGAGCAUCAGUUCAGCCACAGUGCAGGCACCAGGCACCUACAGCUGCCGUGUUUCACAUGUGGCCCUGGAGGAACCCAUCUCUGUUAGUGUCUACCUGAAGGCCACAGCUAAAGUCUGA